AUGAAGGAUCAUAGUUCUACAUAUUAUAUCUUUGGCCUCAUCGUUUUAACUAUUUUAAAAAUCUCGGAAUCACGAAAUCGAUUUAUUAAAGUUCUUACAUCUUCAAACCCCGAGUUAGCAAAUGUAACUUUUCAGUUUGGAGAAAAUGACAAAAAGGAAACAAUUUUCAAUUUAACAGUAGUUUAUCAGUAUGAAUUACCCUCUAUGGUUGCGACAUUCUUUUUUGCUAUAAAUAAAGACAAACAUGAUCAAAACUAUGAAAGAGUUUUAGUAAAGAACUCAAUUAACAUUUGUAAAAUGUUAAACGGAGUUACUGGAGACUUUCUAACCAAAAUGAUGAUGGAGAGUCUUGGCAAAAGUACAGACAUAUCUUUAAAAUGUCCAAUGCAAAAGCCAGCUAGAAUCAAUUUAGAAGGAGUAAAUUCAGUUUCAGAACCAGAAUUUGCAAAUUUCUCAGUUGUCAUGAGUAAAAAUAAGCAGAAGGAUACAAUCAUGAACAUAACAAUAAAUUUUGCUUAUGAAGUAUCAAAAAUGAUGAUCUCGUUUUCUUUUGAUGUACCAAAAGAUAACAAUGAUAAGAACUUUGAACGAACAAUUAUAAAGUCAACAAUUAAUGUAUGCAAAAUGUUUCAAGGAGUCAUGGGAGAUUUCAUUGUGAAAACAAUCAUGGAUGUUCUCCAUAAAAGUGUUGAUUUUGAAUUAAAGUGUCCUUUUCCAAAGAGGACAUUCACAGUUACAAACUUUCUAUUUAGUGAUAAAUUUCUUCCAACAUAUUUGCUCGUAAGUGAUUUUCAAUUUAUGGUUCGUGCUAAAGUUAUGGGGAAGGUUCCCCAACAUAAGAAUUUAGUUCAUCUGUUUUCUACUAAAACUGUUGGAAAAAUAACCAGAGUUUAA